AUGUCUCCUCCUCCUCCUCCUCCCACCUUCUCCUCCUCCUCCAACAACAACAACAACAACAACAGCGGCAGCGGCAACGGCAGCGGCAGCGGCAACGGCAACGGCAGCAACAACAACAACAGCAACAACAACAGCAGCAGCGGCCCCCCGCCCGCCCGCAUCUUCGUCUGCCGCCUCGGCUGCGGCUGGCGCGGCACCAGCGGCUACAAGCACCAGGGGCACGAGCGCAAGUGCCGGCUGGGCCGGGGCGGUCCCCACCCGCUGCGGCGGGAGAUCGACCGCAAGCUGGCGGAGAGGAGCGAGGCGGAGAACUUGGAGGAGUGGCGGGGGCUGUUGGGUUUGCAGCAGGGGCAGGGGCAGGGGGGUGGUGCUGGUGGGAGCGGCGGCGGAAGUGGCGGCGGAGGCGGCGAGGGGGUGGAGAUGGCGGCGGAGGGGGAGGGAGAGGUGGUGAUGGAGAUGGCGGAGGAGAUGGAGGUGGAGGAGGAGAUGGGGCAGCAGCAGCAGCAGCAGACGGAAGGGGAGGAGAUGGAUGUGGAUGAGAAGGAGACGGUGGAGGAGGGGGAGAAGGAGGAGGAGAAGAUGGAGGAGGAGAAGAGGGACGAGGAGGAGGAGGAGAGGGAGCAGCAGGACCCCCACGCUGCGCAGCUGGCGCAGGUGGUGAUUGAGGGUGGCCCGGCGGAUGCUGCGCAGACCGUCUUCAUCAAGGUCUGGGAUCCGAAUAGUGGAUCAGUGGUGGAAUUCACGUUGGACGACGCCUGGCUCAUCAUGGAAUGA